AUGUAUAACAAUGAGCAAUGGCUACAGCAUCUUUUUGAUGUAUUAGCAGAAGAUGAAGUUGAUCACUAUUCAAAUCGUCUUUAUUAUGAAGGAGAAACUUGUGAUCCAAAAGGUAUAGACAGAAUGUCGGAGGAUGAUUACGCCGCAUUCAUUCGCAAAGGUAUGUAUGAAAAACAACAUAAACAGGAGUUAAAAGAACAAAGAAAAAAAGAAGAGGAAUUUAAACAGAAGCAAAGGGCAAAGCAGAGAAGAAUGGCGGAAAUGCAAGCAGAACAACAACGGUUAAUGCGUCAUUACCAAGCAGAACAGAUACGCCUGCAAGAAAUGAAACAUGAAAGGCGAGCCUCAUAUUUAGCUCGUUGGAAUCAAUUUGAUAUAAAUGGACAGUCAUCUAUUAUGUUCAAAGAUAUUCCAUGGCCUACUGCUGACAUAAAAAGACUAUCAAAAGUCGACGUAGAGGAUUUUUUAUUAUCAACUAUUAAGGAUAAUUCUGAAAUAAGAUCUAUAUUGCGUCAGGAACAGAUCCGUUUUCAUCCUGACCGUUGGCAUCGAUGGAUUAAACGAAUGCCAUCCGAAAGACAGAAAAAGAAAAUAAUGGAAACUGUUACUGACAUUUCUCGUAUAAUUAAUGUGUUGUGUGAAGAAAGAUGUACUUAA